AUGGAGCCGGAGAGCGGAGGAGAUGACGAUGGGUGUAUGGCGACACCGCGGACAACAAAGAAGCGAAAAAUGAAGGAGCAGCUUCCAGCGGCGUCUUCGUCACCGGAUGAUACGUACAAACCCUACUUUAUACCUGAAUAUAAGAGGUCAUACCCGGACAACAGCUCUAAGGAGGAAUUCCCGAUCUAUGUUGAAGGCAUUAAUGAGAAAAUUGGGAACAAAAACCCCUUAUAUCUCUCGAAAUUUUUCAAAAAUGUAAAGGACAUAGUUGAAAAGCGUAGUAAAAUAAUGGUAGUCUUCAUACAGGCGGUAGCAGCAAAUGACUUCCUAAGCCAUAGUUGUCUUAAGGAAAACAAGUUGAAGGCGUACAUACCAGCAGCGUCGGCGGAGAGAACCGGCACUAUUAGAUUCGUCGACAAGGAGUCGAGCAAUGCAGAACUGUAUGAAAAACUGAUGGCGGAUGCCGAAAUUAUAGCUGUGAGACGGUUCACCAAGAAAGUAGGUCAGGAAAUAGUCCCUCUCACUACGGUGAGUGUAACAUUUGUAGGCACUUCCCUCCCACAAUAUGUUUUUCUGGACAAGUGGAGGUACAGGGUAUACACUUAUGUGCCACCACUGAUGCAAUGCUUCAAGUGCAUGAAGUUUAGAAACAUUGUAAAACAACUACCGAAACCUUGUAUAGUAUCUGGUGACUUAAAUGCACAUCAUGUUACUUUCGGAUGUGAAAUUACUAACCCUAGAGGUAGGGAAUUACUUGACCUAUUUGAUGAGUGCAACUUAUGUUUACUAAAUACUGGUGCACCGACCACUGUCGGUAGACCUGGAUGUAAUGCAUCAGUUAUAGACGUGACUUGUGUCAGCCCAGACCUUGCUCCAUUAUGUGAGUGGCGCGUGGGUGAUGAUGCUAUGGGUAGCUAUCAUCUACAGACCUUUACAGACAUUAUUGUAUCUACUACGAACUAUCAAGUAAAUGAUGACAUUGAUAAAUUUUUAUUUAAUAAAACAAACUGGGAAAGCUACCACAACUUAUCAGAGGCUUUGUUUACAGAUUUUAAUUCUAAUUCAGAUAGUCCGUUACAAAAAUAUGAUGAAAUGUGUAAAAUAAUUAAUAUUUUAAGGAAUGUGUGUGUACCUGUGUAUAGGUGUCAUGCUGCUAAAACAUGUAGGGCUCCGGCUCCGUGGUGGAGCGAGGACUGUGCUGAAGCUGUAAAUAAGUCAAAAGAUGCGUUAGCUAAGUAUAGGAAUGAUAUGACAAUUGAAAAUUAUAUUGACUACAAAAGAUUAAAUGCUAGGAAAAAAAUGAUUAUUAAAGAAGCUAAAAGCUCAAGUUGA